CUUAAUUUCUUUUUUGGCAUUGGGAAAAAGAAAAUUGUGAUACGCUGGUUGGCAGCUUGUGAAAAAAUAGAAUUUUAAUUAUGGUAAAAAAUGUAUUUGUAAUUACUUAACAUAAUAAAUUGUAAAAGCGAAUAGGACUUUUUAAAAUGUGUAAUCCCAGUAGUGUGCGCUUUUUUGGUUUGGUGCUGACGCAGCUGAAUUGUGAGACGUAAUUUUCUGUAGGAAAAAAUUUUUCGUUCGACCUGAAGAGGCGGAACUCCACACUUGCCCAGAAGGCUCAAAAAAUUAUUACCAAAAAAAUAUCUAUUGUGGAAACAACGAGGUAGAAAAAUGUCUUCUGCAUCAAUAUUAAGUGUAAUUCAACAUUACCAACGGAGUAUCGAGCAUUCCCAGGACGAUGAAGGCAGACUUUUGCAUUGUAUUAACAAGCUGUAUAGACUGCCUGUAAGGGUGGAGCAUUUACAAGAGACUGGCGUUGGUAAAACUGUGAAUUCGUUGCGAAAAUAUAAUGGAGAAAUCGGUGUUGCUGCAAAGGCUUUGGUCACCAAGUGGAAGGCCAUGGUUGCAGCGGAAGAAGAACCACCCGAAGCUAAUAACUGUCAAGGUGACGAUGACGAUGACGGGAACAAUGCCAAUGGGCACGGGUCAAGUGAUGAUGAUCACUAUAAUCAAAACCAUACUCAAGGCAAAGGUACAUCCCAAGAACAACAUCAAAAAAAUACAUUAAGUCAAAAUACAUCUAAAGAGGAGCAAUCAAUGCAUAAGAAUAAAAGUAGUUCUGACUAUAGAUCUAAGUCUCAUAACGAAGAUAAGUCAAAUAAAAGUUCGUAUGAGCAAUCGUCAUCGAAACAAAAAAGACGCAUUGAGCAAGAGGAAAAAGAAAUUUAUUCUGAGAAAAAAUCCAAACAUAGUGAACGUGAUAACGAGGAAAAGAAUUUGGAAAAUGAUAAACAUAAAUCGUCAAAAGAGAAGUCAGAACGAAGUCGCGAGCGAAGUGAGAAACAAAGCUCAAGCAGGGAUGUAAAAACUACCUCUCCCAAAAUGUCGCAUCAUAAAAGUGGUGCCGAUUCCAGGGAAAAAAAAGACAGUGCCAGGGGUGAAAAUCAAAAUGAGUAUACGAGUUCGUCAAAACAACAACUAAAUCACGCGUCAGAAAAGACAAGAAAAAACAAGAACGAGGACAAUGAAAAACAAGGAUCGUCAAGGGAAAAGGAUAAGCAUGAACGAUCAAAAGAGAGCAAGCAUGACAAAACUAAGUCGUCUCCAAAUGAUAGUUCGCAUCGCCACAAGCAUCACAAAUCUUCCACAUCACAUUCGUCCAGCAGCGGCAGUAAGCCUUCAACAUCAGCAAUCGAACGACCGUCUUCGUCGACAGCACAUACGAAGGCAGAUAGCGGUCAUAGCAGCAGGAAACGCCCACACGAUAGUGAUUCAAAUGAUGGGUCUCCAACGAAAGCCAAAGUGUCGAAAACACCAAAAUCAAUUAAGCUUAAAUCAAAAACAAAUGACAAUGAGGAAGAAGUGGAUGCGGACGAAGGUAUCGAUUCUUCUAUGGGCGCGAAUUUUGCUGAUGUUUUGGGCAUGCUAAAUAUGCCAACAAAGAAGUCGAAAAAAUUGCUUAACAAUAGCAAGUCGCCUACACCCAGCAAGAUUCCCUUGAAUGAAAAGCCACAUAGCAGUAGCUCCAACAGUAACUCUAAAAACGAAUACAGACCAAGCUCGAUGUCCUCAGCUUCAACUUCCUCAAAACCAGUAGACGAAAAACCAGAGCUUCUGUCAGCUUCUGCGAAAUUAGCGCCACUUGAUCCCAGUAUUGUGCUUGAGCUGCCAACGAUUUCAACGAAUUACAAACCGCUACCACACAAUAAGACUGUAAUGGACUGCGUUUACCGUAAUAGCGGAGCUGUGGUUAACACUCCCAAGCCUGUGAGGACACUCACCGAUGCAGAAGCGCUAAGUCACAGCAUCUCUUCGAAGACAAUGCGUACCAAAAUCUACUCCGGUAUUAAGACUGGACAAGUGUUGCAAGUGCCAUCACUAUUCGAUCUAUGCAUACGAAUACUGCAAAAGAAUAUCGAUGCUUUGGAAUAUACUGGCGGUGUACCCUUCGAAGUCCUUCGUCCUGUUUUGGAGCGUGCUACACCACCACAAUUGCUAACAUUUGAAGAAUACAAUCCGUACUUGAUGGAAGACAGCGAUUGCCUAUGGCAAAUCCAUGUGCAAAGAAAUUACCGUACCAAAAAGCGUAUGGAAAUGGAGUCUUGGCGUGAAAUGUAUUUGCGUUGCGAGGAGGAAAAAGAGCAAAAAUUGAAUAGUCUUACCGCGACUAUCAAACAGUCACAGAAAAUAAUUGCUGCACCUGUGCGCAAAACACAAAUGGCAUUCGUAGAUUCCAUGGUGAAACCGCCCCGCAAUGUUCUACGCAAGCAGGAGCAAUACGGAACGAAAGCCAAAAUGGUUGCCACACCAGCAGCGCGAGUAGCAGCGCUUUCCAGUGUUACGCCGAACGCAGCCAAGGUGGGAGAUACGCGUCUGCGCGUCGCGGCUACCGUGCGGGAUGCAGCGCAAGUUGCUCAUGCGCCAGUACGUGCAAAGAAGGCGCCGCUCAUGGCCAAGACUUUGCAGUUCAUGCGCGGACGCCACAAGCGAUGAACUUACUUUUAAUUUCAUAGAUUUAUGUUCGUAUACUUUUGUUUAGAUUGACUUCAUAUGAAAAAAAAUUAUAUAUAUUGCGUUUUAAUGAAAUUAUGAUGCUACAAUAACGUAUCUAUGUACAUCUGAACCAGAUAUAUGUAUGUAUAAAUGUAUGCGUACAUUAAAAGGAUUUAAGUGAAAGAGUUUCAACUUAAAAGAUAAAUUAAUAGUAAUAUGUAUGUAUGUAUAUCAGUAAAGAAUCGUUACAUCACACAAACAUAUACACUCAAAUAUAAACUUACAUUUAUAAGUAUGCAUUAAACAUAAAUUAUGGGUAAUCAUACAUAUGUGCCCCUAAUUUUGAAAAUGGUCUAAGUCGCUUCAUUCUAUUCGAAUUUAAACGAGCCUUGACCUGCACCUGAACGUGUCGGUUAUUCGUUUAACUUCCUCAAUCAAAGGUAAACGGUUAUAACUUAGUUAUAAGUAAUCGGCAAUUUAAGGACUAAAGGUAUGAAGUGACACACCACUUUCAAAAUUGUCGACGCAUAUGUAUUAUGUUCUAAGAUUUCUGAAUUUCGUGGUUGAAAUUGUUUCGAGUAAUUAAUUUGUCAACUAAAGUAUUUAUAAGCAAAUGUAAACAGUUUGAUACAUACACACUGAUGUGUAAUGCACGCAUUACGGCUGUGCUAAUUGUUAAAAUGUAUUUAAAACACCAUUAUUUAAAGGGGUAGAGUUAUAGUAGAAAAAUUCUGAUUAAAUGCAACUCAUCAAAAACAUUA